UUUUUUUGCCUUUCGUAUCUGAGCCGUCCUACUUGUGUUGGCGACCUGGCAGAAACGGAUGGAUUGUCUGGGUAGCUACUGAAUUUUUGUUUGGUUUCCAGUUCGUCCAUUCCUAAAAGGAAAAUUAUUGGUCGAUCUUCAACAAAUUAUUCGACCCGACCUUGCCCUACCCGCGCACACACCGGGCAGAGGCUCUAAUGAAAUACCUGCCUGCGCAUGUGUGAUCAGAGAAGCCUAAAUCGAAAGAUUGUCGUCUGCGAUUAAUUAAUUGGAAGACAGUGUUUAUCUAAGAAAAAAAAGGUAUGCUAAGGACUAAGAGGAAAGUGCCUUCAUUGGUGGAUCUUUGUGUUAGUUUAGCAGUAGAGAAUGUCAAGUACCUAGGAGAUGUUGGAGAAACUGAUUUACAUCUUCUUGACCGCAUCUUACCUCAUUGUACAUUGGAUCAGCUGAUGCACAUCGAGAAGAGUACUGUUGGACGCGAUCUUAGUUCGGUAACUGAUAAGCUGUGGAAAACAUUUUAUGAGAAACAGUUCGGUGAGAGGAGUACUGAUCUUGUGAUUCAGAGGAUGAGGCAGAAGAAAGUUUCAUUUCGAUGGUUACAAUUAUACGAGGCAAAGCUAAAGGAAAUUGCGGAGGCAGAGAACAAAUUAGCUGCUCGAAUCAGGCAACUAUACAAAAAAGAAGAUGACAGAAAACAAAGUCGACAAGUUCGUCUUUGCUCGAAGGUUCCACCUUCAAGCAAUAAAAGAAGCUUUUGCGGAGGAAGUGGACCUGGCUACAAUCUUUCCAACGGGAAGAGCAAUUUGAUGAAGAAGGCAAAAAUGGAUUUUCUGAAGAGUCGCGAGGUGCAAAAUAUUGCCGCCAUGAAGAAAAAUGCUCUGCAAAGGAAUAGCAGUUCGUCUUCCAUGAUGAAGCCACCGGGUAGCUUUCCUGGGAAAAGUUCUGCAUCUUCGAAUCCAAUGAAGCCCCUGGAGAGGAGAUUCUAGAAGCAUGAUGCUAUCCAACUCUAUUCUAGCAGCAUGUUAAAUGUAUGAUUUCCUUGCAAUAAGGGCCUUUACUCUUUUUUAUUUUGUGGGUAGAAGCAACAAAUUGAGAUUGAAAUGAUGUAUUUAUCAAUAAUUAGAUGGAUAUCUUUCUUUUCUUUUUUCUCAUUAUUAUUAUUAUCGUCAUUGCUCUAA